AUGUUGGAGAUGCUGCUUUCGGAGGGAUGGGAUGAUGAGACUGCGCAAAGGAAGCCGCCAUGGAUGUCUGAUCAAUUGGGAGAACGUCUACCGGUGUUUGCUGCGCUCGACGACAAUAUCCCUGUCACGACGACGUGGAUAGACCGAGUUGAUAUGAAGGCCGAGUCGGACAAGGCUGGCAGAAUAGUCAACAACAUCACCAUAGCUGUCCCGCAUAGAGGUGUUCCAGCGGCAGCCCGACAUCCACAGAACAAUUUACUCCAGCCGGAGGAUCUCCAAGGUGGUGGCGGUUCCUACACCGUACGCGCCUCAGUCGCGAGCUUCGCCCUCAAUGUACUCUGCGUCAACGCCAAACGCGAGGAACUCGAGCCAAUCGUGUACGAGACGUGGCCGAACGCGGUGAAGAUGGAGAAUACUUCCAUGGCGGUCAAUUACUGGCCCAUCCAAGCAUUUCCAGACGGCACGAAUGCCAACAACAUGACCGUUCUCGAUGGCGUGUUCGGCUGGCGCAACGAAGACGAAGAAAAUACGCAAGCGAGGCCAGUGUUUCUAAAGUUUCCAAAAGAUGCAAAUACCCUUGCAAACCACACCUCCACUGGCCCUCGCCCAGCAGCCUAUCUCCUCGGCAAAGCACCAGAUGCUACCACAAACGACUACUUCCUCUGCUCCAUGAAAACCAGCAUCACAACAACAUGCACUACCCGCUACAACGCCUCCUCCCAGGGCCAGAGCCUAGAAGCCCUCUGCGAAAACGACGGCAAAUGGCACGACGACGAUGCGCCCACCGCAUCGGCAUCUCAAGGCGAUAGAGUGGCGCUGAGCGGCUGGCUAGACAUGGCCUUUGACCUGCUCAACUCCAUCAGCCUCAACAACGGCGUCUUUGACGGCGACGCAAGCACGGCUAGGAUACUGACGCAAUUGCAACUCCGCGAGCCGGUGCUGAAUCAGACUCUGCCUAGUCCUGCCGAGGCGUUGGCGUCCAUUAUGAUGUGUACCGUGCUUGAUCUCACGCAGAAUUUUCCGUUUACAGUGGCCCAGAAAGCCCAGACUCCAAACUCGUCCUCCACACCCAACACAGCCCAACUAGAAUACUUCAACGCCUGGGUCCGCGUAGCACAAUACAUGUCCGGCGGCGAAAAACCCUACCAAAAGCAAACAAUAUCUAACGCCGCCGACCCCCAGGCCUUCCUCCCCGUCCUAUCCCUAACCCUCGUCCUAAAUAUCUUCAUCCUCCUCUACCUCGCCUUCGUCCUCCGCAUCCGCCUCGUCACCGAUCUCUGCGAGCCCCUUGUCCUCUUCAUCGUCGGAUACCGUUCUCCGCCCGGUUCGCUGUUCGGGCAAGAUGCGCUGCAGGGGCCCGGGAGGGCGGACUGGGCGCGCGCGUGGAGGGUUGGGCGGGAGGGGGGGCAGACGGGGGUGGUGGGUGUUGAUGGGGUGGGUGGUGGUGUUGGUGGCGUAGGGGCUUUUGGGUUUGCGUGCGCCAGCUGA